AUGGUGCGCACGGCGGCCCUCCUGACUGGCGCCGCACUGGCCCAGGGAGUUUCCUUCGCCAGCGGAAGCUCCCACAGCCAGUUCGUCGUGGACACCUUCGGGGAGGGUGAGGACGGGAUGAUGACUGGCGCCCCAGAGUGGUGCAGGAACGAGACGGAGCUGACCUGGAAGCAGAGGAAGGAGCGGCUCCUGCAACACGACACCCUGGAGUGGUGCAAGGUCCAGGUGCGGCAUCUGCAGGCGGCGAACGAGAGCGUCCCCGAGUGGAUGGACAAGCUCGUGGAGGACGACCGGAAGAGGGGCCAGAUGAAGUGGGCGGCCGCGGAGACGAAGAGGCUCCGGGCCGAGGGCAAGGAGGUGCCCCAGUGGAUGGACUGGGCGGCGGCCGAGAACGACAAGUGGAGCAACCGCUGGGCGGCCUGCAAGGCCGCCGAGCUGCAGGCCGCAGGGGAGGAGCCGCCCGCCUGGAUGGUCGAGAAUGGCAGGAAGGGUGUCCUGGACUACGCCUCGGAGAAGCAGAAGGACCUCCAGGAGCAGAUCGACGAGCUGCAGGAGGAGAGGGAAGAGGAGGAGGCGGUCAUCCAGGCCGACGGCAACGCCACGAUGGCGGAGGAGAGGAGGCUGGCGAUGCAGCGGGCGGUCUACAAGAAGUCCGCCCACCAGCAGCUCGACGUUCUGCAGGCGGAGCUGGCGAGCGUGCAGGAGUCCGAGGAGGCCUGGGAGAAGGACACGAGCGCCUCCCCGAAGCAGCUGAAGCGCGCCCUGAAGAAGGCCCAGCAAGCGAGCGUCAUGAUGGAGAAGAUCCUGGCCAGGAUGAAGGAGGCGAAGGCCAAGGAGGAGGCGGAGCAGCAGUCGGCGAGCGGCGCGGAGCCGGUGGUGGACGUGACCGCCGAGUGA